AAUGCCAUGUAAUAAGAAGACUGCUGGAAAAAAAGCCCCUGCAAAAAGGAAACUUGCUGAAGUGUUUGCUCUGGGGGAGGUUCUAGCAGAUACAUCAAGAAAAGAAUGGAAAUUAGGUGUCCCUAUAGGGCAAGGAGGCUUUGGACGCCUGUACCUUGCUGAUGUUAAUUCUUCAAAGUCAGUUGGCAGUGAUGCACCUUAUGUUGCAAAAGUGGAACCCAGCCAGAAUGGACCUCUUUUUACUGAGUUAAAGUUCUACAUGCGAGCUGCUAAGCCAGAUGAAAUUCGGAAGUGGACUAAGUCCCAUAAACUGAAAUAUUUAGGUGUACCAAGAUAUUGGGGUUCUGGCUUGCAUGAAAAAAAUGGAAACAGUUAUCGAUUUAUGAUAAUGGACCGAUUUGGCAGAGAUCUUCAGAAGAUGUAUGAAGAGAAUGCAAAGCGAUUUUCCCAUAAAACCGUACUACAAUUAGGCCUGAGAAUACUUGAUAUUCUGGAAUACGUCCAUGAGCAUGAAUAUGUGCAUGGAGACAUCAAGGCCUCAAACCUUCUUGUGAGUUACAAGAACCCUAAUCAGGUGUACUUGGUGGAUUAUGGACUGGCCUACCGAUACUGUCCUGAAGGAGUUCACAAAGUAUAUAAAGAAGAUCCUAAAAGGUGUCAUGACGGAACUAUUGAAUAUACCAGUAUUGAUGCACACAAGGGUGUGGCACCAUCGAGACGUGGUGAUCUGGAGAUCUUGGGUUACUGUAUGAUUCAUUGGCUUAGUGGCCAUCUACCGUGGGAAGAUAAUUUGAAAGAUCCAAAUUUUGUCAGAGACUCAAAAAUCGGAUGUAGAGAUAAUAUUUCAGUUUUUAUGGACAAAUGCUUUCCUGGGAAAAAUAAACCAGAUGAAAUAGCCAAAUAUAUGGAAAAGGUGAAGCUGCUGAACUAUGAAGAGAAACCUGUUUAUCAGCAUUUCCGAGAAAUACUUCUGCAAGGUCUUAAGGCCAUUGGGCAAAAAGAUGAUGGAGUACUUGACUUUGGCUUGUCAGAGAAUGGAGACUUGCAAACAAAUCCCAUACAAAAGAAAAAAAGAAAGGCAGCAGCUGCAACCAAUGAGAGCACUGAAGCAGAAGUGGAAGAUACAGGAAGUCCAGAAAAAAAGAAACCUGCUCCUUCUGAUGCGGUAGCUACCAGAACCCGGAAGAUGACCUCAUCAAAAUCCAAGAAAGGCACAGCAACCAGAAAGAGAGUCCAGAAGUAAAUAAUAGGUGGAGCAACAAAUGAAGUUGCUCUUUGGCUCAUCUCCAGGUUUUUUUCAGUUACUGUAGCACUGGAAUCUUUUUCUUUCCCUUUUAAAUGAUGAGUCCUGUAAAAACAUGGACUGCUGUUUGUACCUGGUUUUGAGAAGAAAUGUUUUAUUAAAAUAUUUGCAUAAUUUAUGUAUACUUUAAUUCUAAUGCAAAAUUUUGCCAACUUUGAAGUGAGAAUGUGUUUUUAUUCUUUAUAUAGACAAAUUCACGUCUUAAAGGCAAACUAAAAGAAAGUGCUUUUUUCUGCUUUAUAAUGUAGAAAUAAAGCCUUAUUUAGUUUCGUUAUGGGUAUUUUGUAAGGAACAGUGGUGGUGCAUCUGAUUUCUUCUAAUUUUGAGUAAAGUCUUAUUGGAGGUCACUUAGAUGUACACUGAGAUGAAGUCUGAAAUGGUGGAGACAUCUUUUAAAUAUUUCUCAAGUGUUUGAAUAGAAAAAAAGAGAACAUAAGACAAAAAUCACGUCCUUCCAUUCUAGUUUGUUAUGUAAUGUGUUUAAAAAAUUUUUUGGAGGACAGGUAGUGAAUUUUAGUUACUUUUUUGCAUAGUAUUUGUGUUUGUAUCACUUUUCCAAUUAUUCAGAAUUUCUCUGAAAGAGAGAGACCAGAAUUUCAGAUAUAGGGCCCAGGGCAAAGAAAAGAACCAACCAAAAACCAAUGCCCGUUCUCAACCCCCCCCUCAGGUUUUCUUUUUAUAUUAGUGAAAAGGCCAGAAAAGUUAUAAUUAUGAAUAACUUUGUAAAGUGUCUAGUUCCAGUGAAAGCUUGACUCAAACGUACUUCUCGUAACAAAAGAAUGGUUUACCUUUUCUAAUAGUUGAGAAGCACGUUACCUUUUGUAAAUGUACUUCCUUGCUUGGCUUUGAGCCUUCUCUUCAGAAUUGUAAGUCAAAAAAUGCAGUGUUUAAUUUCAGUGUGAAAUACCACUACUUUUCAUUUAGAUACUGCAAAAAUACAUGUAAUCAGGGCAUGAACAUCGUUCUUAUCAGGGAGACUGCUUUAUGAAGUUUGACAAACCAAAAGGAAUCCGUAUGAGCCAAUGGGUAGUGUAUUUGUGUGGAUGUCCAGUGCUCUGCUUGCCUGAUUGUGUAAUGCCUGAGUAGCUACUCACUGAAAUAAGUAUGUUGUAGCAUAAAAUGUUGAAUGAAUGAUGAGGUUAUGUUUUGAAAACAAGGGAAUCCGUUGUUUUGAAAUAAAACUGGAAUAAC